UAAUGGAAUAAAGUAAAAAAGGAAAGAAAAAAUAUAAUACUGAUGAAUUAUUAAAAAUUAUGAAGAAGAAGAAAUAGUUUAAAUAAUUAGAGAAGGGAGGAGAAAAAAAGGAAAUACGUUAAGAUGAAGAAAUAGAUGAAUCUGAUAUUAAUAUCCUUGAUCCUGAAGAAUUUCAGUGUGUAUUAACUUUAGGGUUGGAAAAGAUCAAGGCUAAUGAGAUACAAUAUUGGGAAAUGGUAUCACUUGUUCCCAAAGCUUUUAAAAAAAACCACUAUAAUUAUAUCAAAGCAAAUAUCACUGAUAUAGUAUUUUCCACUUUUAAAAAUAUAUUAAUAAUAGUGAUGUCUAAUGGAGAGCUAGCUUUUUAUGAUACAUCUUCAGGUCCUGCCAUAAUAAAUGGAAUAGUUCCAUCAUUCACAAAAUCUAAAAUUAUUGAUGUACAAUUUGGUAUGGAUUAUGUUGGAUAUUUAUUAAUUUUGGAUGAAUCUGGAUUAAUUAGAGUAUGCUAUAUGGAAUACAACUUAAAAGUGAAUAUUCCCAAAGAGUAGUUAAAAGGAAUUGAGACUUUGCCAGAAGGCUAUCAAAAAAUUUUUAUGUUUAAUACUCUAAAUAAUGAUUUUUUGGCAAAGAAUAAGAGAUAGGAAGAGUAAUAAUGGAACUAUCAUGAAAUAUAAUAGUAAUGUUGA